AAAAUAUGAAGAAUGUGACAUUAUCCCAAAUGCAGACAAUUUUGCUAAUAACGAAUUAGAGCACAACUAGUGAACGCAUCCACAGUGAAGACAAAAUCAAGUUAUCAGUGCAACCAAACAGCACCAGCACCAUGCAGUCCAUAGAUCGCCUCGUGGUGUGGGCACUGCUGGUCGUGUGCCUGCUGCUAGUGUCAGCCCACGUCAAGGCGGAUUCUUUAUUUGGUGGCGGCAGAAAACUGUCCGUAAGCCUGACGGAAAUCACGGAUCACGGAUCAAGAAUCACGAUCGAUGAGUCACCGUCACUUAAAAAUCGUGGGCAGAAAAGUCUGCAACCCGAAUCCCGGACUUCAAAUCUUCGACCAGCAAUGAGAAGCAAAAUCUCCAGAGGCAACGCAGGAGGAAACUCUAACAAAGAAGGAUCGCUUUUCGACGAUAUCGCGCCUCAGAUGCCAGUGGACUAUGAAAUUGUGAAGCUUUCUGAUAAUUUGAAGGAUAACGGAAAAGUUGAAACUAAGUCCCUCUUUGAUGAGAUCAGCACCACAGGAAAAGAAAUAAAUAAUUCAAAAAUUUCAUCAUCAAAUCGGCUUCCCAAACGACCAUCUACAAGCUCCUCACAACAGCACAAAUCAUCUUUAUUUGAUCAAAUUCAUGCCCAAAAGGGCAAAACACCCUCAUUACCGAACGGAAAUACCAAAACAACCGAAAGGAAUAACCUACGCAACGAAGUUGCUCGCACAAAGAUUAAUUCGAUUCGAGAAAACAAAAAGCAGGAUGUGGCUAAGCCCACCAGGUUCGACGAACACACAAUCAAUGAUCAAGAGCAAAAAGCGGGAACUCUCUUCACCAAAUCAAACACAUUUCAAGACAAGGAAACUGAAGAUUUGAAUGUCAAAAUGAUGCAACUGCCUGGAGAAGUUUGGAAUGAAAUACUGAACGGAUCUUGGAUUGGUUCUCAUGGACCGAAUAACAAAGACACAGCGGCUCUCGAAACACUGGCCAGAUCGGCGUUGGAACUUCGGUCCAAGCGCGGAUCUUCAUCUCUACCAGACGGUCUAGAAGAAUCACUGAGAAAAUUUCUAGAGGAAUCAAGAACAAUAGAUCCAUCAAAUAAAGAUGACAACAGACGUACAGAUCUCUUUGAUAGAUCUAGACUGCGAGAUUUGUCUGAUAUCCUCCAGCUGUUCCAAGAAGCGGAAAGUGAAACAGAUGACCUCGAUAUUGGAAGAAGUGAUGAAUUUUUUUCAAUGGAUUUCACGAACAGGGACUCCUUCGACCGAAUUCGUAGACGUCGCUUGGAGGACCUAAAAUUAGCCUUGGAAUUGAUACAGGUUCUGGAAUCUCCAAAGAAAGGUUCGUCAAGGCCGAGGCAAAAGAACAAGUUGCGAGACAGAGAUUUUGAACUCAUGAUGGCUCGAGCUUUGUUUGGCGAUUCCUUACGCAGCUUGAAUAGCUUGAGUCGACGCCAAAGAGGUACUCUGUCAUCGGUGAUGGCAACUAUGGCGAGGUUCCAAGAUUCACGAGAAAGUUUUGAGGAUGACGACGAUCAUGACUUUGAUCUUCCAGAUAAUUUUGAUAUUUCAGGUUUAUCUUUUCCGCUAACAAGAUUUCCUCCUGUAUCACCGUCACCUCCGGCUCCUCCACCUUCAAUUAUCCCCUCUUCUGUUCGUCCUCCAACAGUGGGGCCUCCCAGUAUUACUGGUCGUCCCGGCCCAGUAGGUCCACCUGGCCCACCUCAGCAGCUCUAUCAGCUUCCAGUUGAAAAUCAAGUAUUUCAAUCACCGCCUUCUAUUUCUCCCCCAUCGCCUCCAGUUCAGCCUCCAUCACCACCUCCGUCUAUUCCUUCGCCGCCAAAUGGCCUUUACUCUCUGCCAGCUCAGAGCAAUCCUCCAAGUUCGCGUCCAUUUGACUCUACGUCAGAUCCUGUACAUUCCCUACCAACUCUAUAUGUUCAACCAGAUGGAAGCUUGGACGUCAACCCACCCACCACGUUUGUUGAUCCUCUGCCUCCAUUACACCAGCUAGCAGACGGUACAUUAUCUCUUAAUCCUCCAACGUCUAUUCACAAUCCGUCAACUAAUCCAGUAAUCACUCAGAGCAGCCCAACGAUUACCGUAAGUGAUCCAGUAAACACCUACCAGAUUCCUACAAGGAACCCAGUUUCUCCUAUAACCUCAGUAAAGGAACCAGUUAAUUUAUAUCAGACACCUUCAAGAAGACCUACAGGUGACACAUUUAGCGUCUCAAACUUCAUACAUCCUUCAUUGUUAGAUUCAAAUACAGCUUCGCCGCCAUCGUUUAAUCUUCUGCCGCUUGAAAGUGCCGAAGAUGAUAACCCAUGGACUCCAAUUAGUCAGAAGCCGACUGUGCCUAAUCCACCUGCUUCAAAUCCACCGAAUAACGACAAAGAAGUUUAUAACUACCAUUAUCAUUAUCACCUAUCUGGGUCCCAUGGUGGAAUACUAGCAAGUUUACUAGGUCAAUCUAACGUCACAGCAAGCUCUCCCUCUUCACCCACGUCUUCGGACAACAUCGGUGGUAGAUAUGGGGGUGUGCGAGAUGUCAGACGAGGUCCCGCACAAUCAUCACCGGCGAAUCCCCCUUCGAUAAGCUUUUCGCUAGUCAAUCCUUCACAGUCUUCAUAUUCCUCUGUAGAAUCAAGCGAUAACAAUGUAAAUUCUUUCAGAGACCCUCUUCCUCCUGCUCCACCUCCUUCUUCUCCAUCAAUUCAAUCGUACGUCACUCCACGGCCAGCAAGUCCGCAGAUGGAGCCGCCUCCUCCACGGACGAUGUACGGGUCUCCACCAGUUCGCACUCCUCCUUCCAUACCUCCAGAAACUUACGGUCCUCCUCCACCGCGUGGUCCUCCUGCUUCCCCUCCUGAAUCUUAUAGUCCUCCACCAAGACCUCCUCCUCGUGACCCUCUACCUCCAGCAACUUACGGGCCUCCUCCACCACUUGAUCCUCCGGCUCCACCUCCUGCUUCUUAUGGUCCUCCACCAACACCUCCUCCAAGUGAUCCCCUUCCUCCAGCAAGUUAUCGGUCUCCUCCUCCUCGUGAUCCUCCAGCUCAACCACCUGUAUCGUAUGGUACUAUAAAUUUCGAUCCCCCACCUUCUGCAUACAGUUUUCCAACGGCUCGUGAUCCUCUUCCUCCUAUGCAAGUUAAUAUCCGGGUUGAAAGAGAUCGGCCAGUUGCUUCGCCCAUCGCACCUGCUCCUCCUCCGUUUCCAGCACCAGCUCCUCCACCACCUCCUCUUCCACCACGACCUGCACCUUUGCCGACUUAUGGCACACCUACUUUUGAUCCAGUUCCUGCACCAGCCACUCCAGUUCAAUCGUAUGCACCACCCCCAGCUGAACCCACCCAGUCAUAUGGACCUCCACCUGCUGUUCCACCUCAGUCAUACGGACCCCCUCCUGCUACUCCACCUCAGUCAUACGGACCUCCUCCUGCCGCUCCACCUACGUCAUACGGACCUCCGCCUGCUGAACCUACCCAGUCAUACGGACCUCCACCUGCUGCUCCACCUCAGUCAUACGGACCUCCUCCUGCCGCUCCACCAAUGUCAUACGGACCUCCACCUGCUGCUCCACCUGCAUCUCCUCCAUCUUUGGCUCCAAUUUAUCUACUCAGAGAAGAAAGGACCAAAAAGAAGGAAAAGAAGGAGAAAGAAGAUGGAUUCUUCAAGAAGAUGAUUAAAAAGUAUAUCGGGAAACACAAGGACAGCAAAGAGAAAACUGAAGUUCGGACCACGAUAUUACAAGCCAUACCUCUAGUUCCGGGAACUCCUAGGGAUUCACAAAGAGAUUCAUUUUCCAGCGAUGUUUACAGGCAGCAAGAUGAUCUACAAAGGGAGUAUAUACGGAACCGGAAUGAGCUGCGACAGCAAGAGCAGCGCUUACUUGAGGUCUCCAGAUUAGAAGACCAGAUCAGACUUCAAGAAUUGCAGCGGGAGAAUCUAAAGAAGAAACUCUUGAAAGGACUUUCUGAAGACAAGAAACAUGACAAGAAGUUCAAAGACUUGUUCUAUACGGGAGCCAUGGCUUUAGGAGCCAUGUCUUUAGCACCUAUGGCUAUGGGUUACGGCAGGAAGAAGCGAGAUAUCAUGAACGAGAACAGUACUCCAGUCCAAACGAUAUUUCUUGAUGCCGGAGGAUCGUUUACUUUCACAAAUUCCCUCUCUGAGGGCACAAGAUAUUUUCCCGCGCAGACAACUGAUUUCAUCAAUGGAAAUGCAUAUUCGAUCGCCCCGAAUCUCACUUCAUUAUUUAUAUCUAACAAUACACUAGCUAGUGAUAUUAUCCCCAACAAUCAUGCGCAUGCUAGAAAAUUGCCCUCCCAGCAUAAAGAAAUUAUUUCAGCAUCUUCCGCUGUUGGUAAAUCAGUAACAUCGGGAACGCGUGACAUGGAUACUCAUGAAAUUCAAAUGCUUCAGAAGCUGUACUUGGGUUACACUGAUAUUUCGCCGUCAGUUCUUCAGGACUUGAGGUCUGCCAUGCCACCGAAGUCUAUCAUAGGUAAACCUUCGUGUCUUCUCAAAUCUUUCUGUCUGCUGAUGGAGUCUGCGGCGCGCACGGUUUACUUCGACGAGCUACUCCUGGAGUUUAGCAUGUUAUACCCUGAAGUGAUGAGCAGCUCGCCAAUCCAAAAAGUUUUCCGUCAAGUCAACGAAGAUUUGGAAGCUGAAGACGACAUUCAUCAGAAAGAAGACUCAAAGACGCCGGUAAUUCACCCACGACUUAUGAUCUCUAAAAACUUUUCCUCGGCAUCUCAUGAAAUCCAAAAUGCUUUUCCUGCCUACCAUGGACGACAUGAUGGUUUCUAUGGUGAAACAUGGAAUUUUACAAACAACUUAGAGGAUUUUUACCUUAAAGCGGCAAAUUCUACGAUAAAAUCAUAUUAUUUUCCAGUUGAUCCCUUGAAUUCGACUACCAAUUUAGAAGGGCGUGUUUAUGGGAAAUCUUCCGAAGUUCCAAAGAACUUUGCUGGAAAGAAGAAAUUCAACUCCAGUAAUGAAAAUUGUUCAACGUUUGAUUGUGACGUUCCCAACUCUGUGCUGAUCAAAGGCAUCGGCACUUAUUAAUGAAUCUUCACAAAUGUAUACAAAAAGUUUUUUAAAAUUAUUUAUUAAUGAAUCUUCACAAAUGUAUACAAAAAAGUUUUUUAAAUUAUUUUUAUUUAAAUAAAAACGCAAGAUGAUGCAAUAACAGCCAUGAAGGAAAUUUAUAUCAAUAGUAAAUAAAAUUGAACGAUCGUCUCUAUGGAUUAACGUAUACAUUAUUAUUAGUUUUCUAAAUAAUAUCUCUACACAAUUGGAUUUAUUGGUUGUUUAUAAGUUCAUUUUUCAUGUAAAAAUAAAUAGACCUGUUAUAAAUUAAUAGCUCUUAAACAGAUCUAUUUGUCGGAAGAACUUCGAUGAAUGAAAGUAUAAGUCAACUCUUGUUUAAUUAGAAGCCUGAAAUAAUAUAGGUUCGUAGUGUAGUGUUGAGUACCUCACCAUAUAUGUUUAAGGAAAACGUAUAAUACUUUAGGAAACUCUGGAACAAAACUAUGACCGCUAAAAUAUCAAGUAAAGUUAAAUUCGUGAGAUUUAUGUUUGAAGACAAUCAAGUGUAACGUUUAAUAUUUUUUAUAGAGACUUGAGGACCGCAAUUACUAUAUCAGAAUCUAUAAUAUAUAUUAUAUUUAUAAUUCAAUUUACGUUUCAUCAGCGUUACCGUAAAUUAACGUAACGCAAAAAUCGAUGUGUAAAUUUUGCCAGCUACAAAACGUCACUAAGCGAAAGAUUUGAAGGAUUUAUCGUAAAUCUUUAGCUUAGUAUCGUAAAUCGUAAAACACUUAAAGAUUUAUCGUAACAAAUCAUUAUUCCACUAGUGCUUGUCAGAAGCAACUAAGACCAGAAAAUACCCAAACAUGACACAAUUCCAAAGGCCAUAUUUAAAUUGAUCCAGAUAAUAAAUUAAUUAUAAUGAUAUUAUAGGAGCGUUUUUCUGUAAGUGUUCGAUUUUUUCCAUGUGGAGUGAAAUUAGCGAUGAAAUGAGUUGAAUAUUCCUUCGAAGUUGAGAUGAAAUUUCAUAUUUAGUGAAAUAGGUUAAAUCCAAAGCCCCUAUCAUUGCUUCAACGAAUGUUUUUUUUUUU